UUAAUCGAUAGCAGAAAGCAUCGCUUAUGUUAUUCUGCUCUCAGAAUCUGAUGUGGAGUCGCUUUAUCGCUCUAUCGCUAAAUAUAAACACCGCUGGACUUUUGAUAAAUGACAUUAGAUUAUCGAUAAAAGUGAGCAUUGGACUAGACAGAGCAUUUAAACAGAACCCCGUUAUAUUGCAUGAUUUACAGUAGUUAGUUAGCAUCUCUAGCUACAGGUCCACAGUCAUGACGCUACAUUGCUAACUGACCUAAGAGAAAUAACUGUUAACCAAAAUGCCGUUUUACUUUCUUUAAGCGAUAAACUGGAUUCACCCGGAUGCCUGUUGAACAUACACGCGUUGGACUACUUAAAUAUAUUGUUUUGACGCGGAAGCUGUUUUGAGAAUAAGUUAGCCUAUUUAGCUGUGUGUUGCUGCUGCAUAUAUAUAUAUAUAUAUAUAAACUUUAGUAUUUCACCACAUAAUUCAGUUAUAACUCAGUUAUCGUGUAUGUUUGGGAACUAAAUACUAAAGCGCGUCCCCAGUAUUUUAUUUGUAAGCAUCAGGCUUGAGUCUCAUGUAAGGUAAAUGAGUGUGUAAUAGAUGAGAGAGAGAGAGAUGCAGCGGUGGUAAGGAAGAGCUCAAUGCCGUGUGUGCUGGAGGAUGAUGCGGAUGAGCUGGAUGAUCACAGUCAUUAACAGAAGAAUGAUGAAGAUCCUGAUCGCCCUCGCUCUCAUUGCUUACAUCGCCUCUGUUUGGGGAACCUACGCAAAUAUGAGGUCUAUACAGGAACAUGGAGAAAUGAAGAUUGAACAGAGGAUAGAUGAGGCAGUGGCACCUCUCAGGGAGAAGAUACGGGAACUUGAGCUUAGUUUUACCCAGAAGUACCCACCUGUGAAAUUCUUAUCCGAGAAGGACAGAAAGAGGAUUUUGAUCACAGGUGGGGCAGGAUUUGUGGGCUCUCACCUAACUGAUAAGCUGAUGAUGGAUGGUCAUGAGGUGACUGUGGUGGAUAAUUUCUUCACUGGCCGCAAGCGCAAUGUAGAGCACUGGAUUGGCCAUGAGAACUUUGAGCUGAUUAACCAUGAUGUGGUGGAGCCUCUCUAUAUCGAAGUUGACCAGAUAUAUCAUUUGGCCUCGCCUGCAUCGCCACCCAAUUACAUGUACAACCCAAUCAAGACACUGAAGACGAAUACUAUUGGUACUCUCAACAUGCUAGGAUUGGCCAAGCGAGUCGGAGCUCGCCUGCUCCUUGCUUCCACUUCAGAAGUGUAUGGAGAUCCAGAGGUACAUCCCCAGAAUGAGGAGUACUGGGGUCAUGUGAACCCUAUCGGUCCCCGGGCCUGUUAUGAUGAGGGAAAGCGUGUUGCUGAGACGAUGUGCUACGCCUACAUGAAACAGGAAGGAGUGGAGGUGAGGGUGGCGCGGAUCUUCAACACCUUCGGAUCUCGCAUGCAUAUGAAUGACGGGCGAGUGGUCAGUAAUUUCAUUCUGCAGGCUUUACAGGGGGAGCCCCUGACGGUUUACGGUUCAGGCUCUCAGACAAGAGCUUUCCAAUAUGUGAGUGAUCUGGUGAAUGGCUUGGUGUCCCUGAUGAACAGUAACAUCAGUAGUCCAGUUAACCUGGGCAAUCCAGAGGAACACACCAUAUUGGAGUUUGCGCAACUUAUUAAGAGUCUAGUUGUGAGCCGCAGUCAUAUUCAGUUCCUUCCAGAAGCACAGGAUGAUCCACAGAGAAGACGACCAGACAUCCGCAAAGCCAAAAUGCUUCUGGGCUGGGAACCUGUGGUGCCACUGGAGGAAGGCUUGAACAAAACCAUCCAGUACUUCAGCAGAGAGCUGGAGCAUCAAGCCAAUAAUCAGUAUAUACCUAAACCCAAGGCUGCACGCAUGAAAAAAGGAAGACCCAGACACAACUGAUGAAUUGUUUAUCUCAGGGAUGCUGGGAUACUAGAGGACCUUAGACGUCCAGCAGCCAUUUUACAGUGUGGGUUUCCCACCUCCCACUUACAGAUACAUGUUUUUGAAAAAAGGAAUUUUUCUCAUGUUUUUCGCAAAUGUUUUGAAAAGCAGCUCAGGCAGAGAGCUGUCUCUAAAGAGUUUGUUUUUCAGUCAAAUGUGCCUCAGAGAAAUCCAAUUUUCAAACUUUGCCUUGCACUUUGGUUUGUCAGUCGUCUGUCUGUUAUUUAAAGCAAGCUUAGAUCAUCUUGUGCAUUUUUUGUUGUGUGUUUACAUUCUGUGCCGUUUUAAUUCAUGUGAUCUGGGUGGGGUUUUUUUUUGUUUGUUUGGUUUUUUUUUUGUUUUUUUUGGAUUUUUUUUUUUUUAUCUUUGUCAAAGCUAGCAGUGUUUUUUUGAAUGGACGCCUGUAGAAAAUUAUGGAAAUUAGCAAUUUCAAAUUAUUUAAAGAUCUUGAAUGUCUGGUCUGGAGCAGGAAACCUCAUCCUGCUUUGUCCUGAAAUUUGAGGAAACAGAUGACAGAAAAGCUUUGGAAAAUGUUCUUUGUGCUUUAAUCUUUGUGAUGAUUUUGAGCAAAAGCUGUUGUUACCUUUGUGAAACUUCAUACAGAACUUUGAACCUAUAAUUGAUUUCAGGUGAAAAGAAUAUUUUAAUAAAAUAUUUACUGUGA